GGGUUUGCAGCAGCAACUUGUACGGAGUAGAUUGAACGGUAACAAUGCGCUGACUUGCAACUUUGCCCAAUUCUAGCUAGCCUCACAGCUGCAAUGCCGGGACUGGAGCCUCAUUCACCAGCUAGCCGCUGAAAAGUUGCAGUAGUCUCAUCAACCGCACUCCAACGAAAUGAGCGAACUGAAGCGCGUCUCUCCUAUUCUUCUCUCUACUGUGGUUACUCUUUUGCUCUCGAUAUUUUCACUUUUUGCAUUUAGCCUUUUUCUCCUCAUCGACAUCAUCGGCUCCCUCCGUCAUCCGUCAGCAGCCUCUCAGCGUGAGAGAUUUGUUUUGCCUUUUGCCUCCAGUUCCUCUACUCUAACUGCCCCGAAAAGCCGAAAUCUCACGAUGCCGCCCAUUGGGAAUUCCUUGCCCUGCAAACCCUUGGCCUUCCCCCGAAUAAAGUGGCGCCAGGUCCCGGAUCCCCGUUCAAAAGAGGUGGGCCUUUGUCGUGGGCUUCAUUUAGCCCCUGUUUCCUCUUCUUUUCCCCCCCUAUGCAUAUGACCAGCUUCUUCGUUUUUUCUUCUCUUCGCCAGCAUGACGAUGGGCUGCCCCCAGUCUCGUUAUCCCUCUUCAUCGUGAGUUUUCGCCGC